GCAGCGUAAAGCCGCUGCUGGGCUGGAUGGAUGGAGGCAGGGAUUUUCUGCAUGAGUUAAAUGCAAGCAGGCAGACUAUGUAAAAAUAACAGCUACGGCUGUAACAAUGCGUUGUUUUAAUUAGGCAAAUCAUCUUUUUUGAUGCGAUUACGUUGCUUUUUUUAAUUCCAGUUGCCUGCUUCUUUGUCUUAGAAGAAGCUGAGCAAGCUAGCUUGCUUGCUGUCACUUAGCCAGAAGCCACAUCAGCUGCAGUUAGCAUUAGCGGUUAGCAUCCAGACAUUUCAUCAUGGCAGAGGGCAUUAUGAGCAAAGCUGCUACCAUGGAGAUUCCCAUCAACAGCAAUGGAGACACUGGGACACAACCAGAGGAUGACAGCCUUGAGCAGGAUUUGCAGCAGGUGAUGGUGUCUGGCCCCAACCUGAAUGAAACCAGCAUCGUCUCAGGGGGGUAUGGCGGACCAGCAGGCGGCAUUAUUCCAACCAGCAGCAUUAAAGGGCCUGCAAUUCGUUUCAACCCUGAGUAUUUGGACAGAAGACGUGGCCCUGCGCCUGCACCAGACAUCCGCAUGAAAUCCAGGGGCGCUAACAUGCCCACCAGCCAGUCAGCAGGCAGUCGAUUGGCUCAGCAGAGCCAGCAGCAAUCAGGCGGGCCAAACCACAACCCCUGCAGUGCAACUGAAGAAGUGUCCCGAGGUGUGGCGGUGGAGAAACUGGACAGUGUGAAGAAAUGGGGCAUAAACACGUAUAAGUGUACCAAGCAGAUGUUCUCGGAGCGUUUCGGACGAGGCUCGCGGACGGUGGACCUGGAACUGGAGGCUCAGAUUGACGUGUUACGAGACACCAAAAGCAAGUACGAGAACAUCCUGAGACUGGCCACUGCGCUCACCAGUCACUUCCAGAGCAUGGUCCAGACCCAGCAGGCUCUCGGCGACACCUUCACCGACCUCAGCCAGAAGUCUCCAGAGCUGCAGGAUGAAUUUGGAUACAAUGCAGAAACCCAAAAGCUUUUGUGUAAGAACGGCGAAUCCUUGCUGGGCGCCAUCAACUUUUUUGUGUCCAGUGUGGACACCCUGGUCAACAAAACCAUGGAGGACACGCUGAUGACUAUCAAGCACUAUGAAAAUGCAAGAUUGGAGUUUGACGCCUACCGGUCCGAUUUGGAAGAGCUGAGUUUGGGUCCGAGGGACAGCGGCGCCGUGGUGCGCAUGGAGAUGGCCCAGCACGACUACCAAGUCCAUAGGGACAAAUAUGAGCGGCUGCGGAGCGACGUCACCAUCAAGCUGAAAUUCUUGGAGGAAAACAAGGUGAAGGUGAUGCACAAGCAGCUGCUCCUCUUCCACAACGCCAUCUCGGCCUACUUCGCCGGCAACCAGCAGCAGCUGGAACAAACUCUGGUCCAGUUCAACGUCAAGUUAAAGCCCCCGGGCUCGGACAAGCCGUCCUGGCUGGAGGAGCAGUGACGCCGCGGACGCUGAGGGAACCUGUUGUAGGAUCCACGGAGGACAACUUUUAAUUUGAUAUUAUAUGGGUACAAGUAUUUCUACUUUUUGUUAAGUCACACAGUAAGUAUGAUUUUGCUAGUGCAGUACAUUUCCAUGUAUGUAACGAUAUGUACAGUAUACUCCUCUAUGGUGGCACUUUAUUUAUCUUGAUUUUUGAUAUUUUUCACAUGGGAUAUGGUUGUUUUUUUGUGGACUACCUUCCUCAAUGGUGAUGGGGAAAUAUGACCUGUAUAUAUACUGUAUGUAUAUACUAUAUAUGCUGUAUAGUAGAUUUCUUGUAGCUAAUAUACGUAUCCGUAUUUAAUUCCAGCUGGGCUUUGCUGAGCUAGAUGGACAGGUACAAGCAGGCUACAAAUCCAUAGUGAAAUGAAAGUGGACAUUGGUCAGUAUUUACUAUACUGAAUGUAGGAUGGAGUACAACUUUAAUGUUUUUUAAUGAAGUGUGUGUUUUCCCUAUUUAUCAGUGUGUGUGUGUAAGAGGAUAGUAUUUCCACAUCUUUGUGCUGUUGUCACAAAUAAAGUCUGCUGGAUGUUUUGUUGCAUACAAAGCAGGAUAAAUGUUCAAACUCCGG